CACAUUGAUAGAAUAAAUAUCAAGCUAAAAAUAAGGCAUGUACUGGGGUUAAUUUGUUUCUUUAAACCCUUCAAGGUGGUGCCCAUCAUAGCCACUGUCUAAUGGCUGAAACAAGUAAAAGAUCGGAAAAUAUCAAAUGAACUUCAAUUAUGUAAAUCUCAUUAGUCUUUGAGGGCUUGAAAAGGCCAGAGAUACAAGUCCUUCCUCUUGGCUAAACAAUGGAAAACAAGGAAACAAAACAUAGUACCCUUUCCAACAGUAAUUAUGCUACCCAAGUAACAGAACUAAUCUUAUAAUUUCAUAACAGAAUAAUUAAAAUAAUCAAUGACUAACAAGAUAGUAAGCUGGCAGAAUCAUUAGCACACGGGGCGAAAUGCUUAGUGGUAUUUUGUCUGCUGUUAUGUUCUGAGUUAAAAUUCUGCCGAGGUUGACUUUGCCUUUCAUCCUUUUGGGGCCACCCUUACAGCCAGGAACUUUUCAGCACCCCCUCAUAUAUAAGGCUGUGUUAUUAAGAAGUUUGCUUCCCAACCACGUGGUCUUCAGUUCAGUUCCAUUAUCUUCAACUAUAGCCCACGGCUGACAAAAACCUCGUGAGUGGAUUUGGUAGACGGAAACUGAAGGAAACCCACCCUAUGUGCAUGUAUGUGUUGUCCAGAGAUCCAGUGAUUGUUGUAAGCGAACAUCAUCGUCAUACGAGCGAGCUUAUUUGCUUCCAAUUUUCCGUGAACAAUGUGUCUGGUGAAGGGGGAAUAUUACCUUGUUUGGAAACAGGAGAAAGUUGAUGACAGUAAGGACAUCCCGCUAUAGAAAAUCUGCUUCAAUAAAUUCCGUUUGAAGCCAUGCAAGCACGAAAAAGUAAUUGUUAGAUGGUGAUGUAUUUAUAGAAAUGUUUCCAACUGACAGUCAGUCACAGCUGAAGGUACUUUAUUUUAUUUAUGCUUUUCAAGGAAUGAACGUCAUCCAUUCAGCAUAAUUAAAGAAAUCAAUAAGUUGUGAUUAACAAAGAAAAAAAGAUUUAUAUACCGAUAUUGCUCAGAGAUAUUAUUUCUUUUCCGCCAAAUCGACCCCAAAUACCACUCUACUGUCUUAAAAUAAAAGAAUACACUGACAAGUAAAUAGAUGGAAUGGUCACAACUGGAAUACCUUUGAUAGAAUAAUCUAUUGAAACGGGGCUGACUUAGGGUUAAACACCUAACUUUAUCUAAUAUUCAUUCUUUCUCUUUUUUUUUUUUUUGGAAUAAGAUAAAAACUAUUUCUAAAAAUAACUUAACAGAGUACUGUUAUUUGUGUAAAGUUAUUUUUAGUACAAUUGUGAUAAUGUUGAUUUCUCUCAUCGCCGCUGGUUCCAAUAUUAUUAUAGAAAACGUGAUUUUAAGUGAUAAAUUCUAGAGAGUAUAAGGUUCAUUUCCGUCUAAACGAGACAUGGCACAGAUGCGGACGGAGAGGCGAUGCGGGUGACUGAGAUAAAGAAGACUGGCAAAUUAUCAACACAAUUAUCUGUUGUUAAGUUAUUCAGGUCAAUUUUCGCUACAUCUACUUAAUCUGGCAAUCCUCCGCGCAUCAUCAUAACGAAAAGCAGUCGACAGACAUAAACAAACCGAAAGAAAUCUGAACGCAAAAUGGUUGGCACUUAUACAGUUGCAGCUAUAUCAGGGAGUUGCGGAUUUCUACUUGGAGGUACUCUUUAUGGAUAUUAUUUAUGUUGUAAAGCACAUAGGAAGAAAAAUGUCUACGAAACACCAAAGUUAGUCGACGAGUAUAUGUAUCUUCAUUACGGAUCUCCUCAGGCUUCCACCCAUGCUGACUGGUAUAAUAACUUUCAAAUUAGAGAUGGAUUCGAUUUCCCUCUUCGAUGUGCCAUAUUCUGUGAUAAGUACUGCCCCAAAGAGCCGCGAUCUACAGAAGCUCGGCGAGCUUUAGAUAUUGGAUGUGCAGUUGGAAGGUCAACAUUUGAACUGUCACAAUAUUUUGAGGAAGUUAUAGGAAUUGACUACAGCCAAGCAUUCAUCAACCAAUGCCUUUUAUUGAAAGAGAAGAAAACAUUAGAUUUUUCGAUUGUCAGUGAAGGAGACAUUUAUGAAAAACACACAACUACAUUAUCGAGUUCUGUGAAUGUUGACCGAGUGAACUUCCAAGUUGGUGAUGCUUGCAACCUACCAAGAACUCUUGCUAAAUUCGACUGUGUUCUUGCUGCCAACCUGAUCUGUCGUCUGUACGAUUCAAUGCUUUUCCUUAAGAGACUGCCAGAAUUAGUAAAAGAAAAUGGUAUUUUAGUUCUUACAGCACCAUAUACUUGGCUUACUUCAUUCACCCCAAAGGUCAGUUUGUUAUUUUAUUGCAUAUUAUUUUCUUUUUUAAUGAUUCUUAAGAAAGGAAUGGUUGUGCUGUGUUUUUUUCUUUUUUGCAUUUAAAUAAAAUUUACUUUU